AUGGAAAGAAAUUUUCAUGAUGUAAAUAGCAAUAAUGAAGAUAUAAGAAAAAGGAAUUAUAAUGGGAACGAGCAAAUGGAAAUUAAUAAUAUAUAUAUGAAUAGCAGUAUGAAUAAUAUGAACAAUAAUAUGAAUAGCAGUAUGAAUAAUAUGAACAAUAAUAUGAAUAGCAAUAUUAAUAGCAAUAUGAACAGUUGUAAUGGGCCAAAUCCAAAUGCCCUAGAAAAUAUGAAAUAUAACCAAAAUAUAUUCAAUGAAAAUGAUAUAAAUCUUUAUAAAUAUAAUUUAAUGUUAAAAAGAAAUAAUUUAGGUAUUCAGGAUAAUAGGAAAAAUAUCAACAACAUUAUUACACAGAUAAACAACAUUACCCCUAAUAAUAAUAAAAAUAAUAAAAAUAAUAAAAAUAAUAAUAAUAAUAAUAAUAACAAUAAUAAUAACAAUAAUAAUAACAAUAAUAAUAACAAUAAUAAUAAUAAUAAUAACAACUUAAUAAAUGGCGAUUUUUAUAACAAUUCAGGUACCUAUAAUACAGUAAAUUUGAGUAACCCAAAUUAUAUGCAAAACCCAAAUGUACAUUUAAAUGAAUGUGAAAAUGUUAUUUAUAAAAAUUCCAAACAAUUAAAUAAUACAAUACAUUGUCAUAAUGACAAUAAUAUGAACAAUACAUAUUUAAAUAAAAACUUAUAUGAAAAUUCAGAUAUCCAAAAUAAUAUCCACUUUUCUAAUUAUACUAGAAAUAUAAAUACUGAAAAUAAAUAUCCAUAUAACCCUUUGAAUAAUGAUAACCAUACAAUUGUUCAAUUUCAAAUGGAUAAUUAUAUGGAUGAAGAUGAUGAUAAUAAUAAUGAAACCAAACAAGUGAUAAGAAAUAUAAACACACACAACAAUAAUAAUUUGACACAUAUAAGAGAAAGAGAAAUUAUGAACAGUGCAUGUAAUAAUAACUUAGUAAAAGCCCAUGAAGAAAAUUUUUUAAAUUCAAACCAAAAUAUGGUAAAUAAUAAAAUAAAGAUAAACCAAGGAAAUCAAAAUUUAAAUAAUGAUAAUAUAACAAAUAAAAUACAUUUUAUAAAUAAUUCAUUAAAUGAAAAUAUUGGAAAUAAUAAUUAUAAUAGUAGUAGUAUCGGUCAUGUAAUAAAAAGUCAAGACGAUAAAGGAAUGCAAAAUUAUAUGAACGUUCAUGAAAAUCAAUAUAUAAAUAAUAAUGGUAUAUAUGGAAAUAGUAAUGAUCAUUUAAGUAGUAAUUUAUUUAAUAAUAAUUUAUAUUUUCCAAAUAUGCAAAUUAAUAAUAAAAUUGAAAUAAAUGGAAAAAAUAAUAAACUUGAUAAUAAAAUAAAUGAAUUAAAUAAUACUACCCCAAAUAACUAUGACUCACUAAUUAAAGUAGGAAUAAAACAUAUUAAUGGAAAUAAAAAUUCCACAGAACUAAAAAAUAAUUCGAACUUAAAUAAAAUAAAUUUAAAUGGUUCGAGUGCAUUAUGCUCACCAAUAAAUGGUAAUAAAAAUAAUAUAAAAUUUUCCAAAUGUGUAAAAGAAAAUAAUGAUUAUAUUGUAAUUUCGACAAAUAACAAUAAUUUUAGAAAUAUUGCAAAUAAUAACAAUUUUGAAAACAUAAAAAAUAUUCCCAAUAUUGUUAAUAGUUCUGAUAUUAUUAAUACUGAUAAUACUGAUGAAAAUGAAUAUUUAAAUAAUAUUGAAUCUAUUGGGAAUGUUGAAAGCAAUUCAUUAUUGGUUCGUAAAAAAAAAGUCAAUAUUAAUAAUAAGUUUCCUUUAAAUAUUUACAUAAAUAAUAAUAGCAAUAGCAAUAGCAACAAGAGCAAUAGUAACAAUAGCAACAAGAGCAAUAGCAAUAAGGAUAUUGAAAAUAGUAGUGAUAGUAGUAAUGAUCAUAUAAUUCUGACCAAUAAUCAUACACAUUCUAGUGUUAAUGAUAAAAUAAUUGAGCUUUCAAAUGUGACCAAUACUAACAAAAUAAAUUUUAAUAAUACCAUAAACACGAUAAAUCAUUUUUCCAAAAAUAAUAACCAAAGAAGCUUUAGCAAUAGUAGUAAUAGCAGUCGCAAUAAUAACACUAUACAAAUUAUUGAGUGUGAAUCUAAAAAAGGUCAUGCUAAUUUUAACAACAUUCGAAGAAAUAAAAUCGUGAAUAAUGCCAAUGCUGCUACUACUACUAAUAAUAAUAUAGAAUCGUAUGACAAUAAUAAUAACAAUAUAGAAUCGUAUGACAAUAAUAACAAUAUAGAAUCGUAUGACAAUAAUAACAAUAUAGAAUCGUAUGACAAUAAUAAUAAUUCCUUUCCAUAUGCAAAAUAUAUCAUAAAUAAUUCGCUAAAAAUGAAAAACAUAGGCCAUAAUAAUAGCAAUGGAAAAAAUUUUAAUAAUAAUGGAAUGUAUGUAGAAAAUGUUAAUAUACAUGAAAAAGAUGGUAAGUUAUAUAAUAAUUUGAGCAAUUUUCAUAAUAAUUUAAAUAUUAAUAAUUCACAAAAUUUAAGAAAAAUAGAUAAUAAUAACAAUUAUAUACAUGGUUAUAAUACCUUUUCAAAUAAUGGUAAUAAUGCCUUUUCAAAUAAUGGUAAUAAUGCCUUUUCAAAUAAUGGUAAUAAUACCUUUUCAAAUAAUGGUAAUAAUAUAUAUAAUAGUAUAAACCCAAACAAUAAUGGAUAUUUAAAACAAAAAAAUAAAGAAAUUAUAAUGAAUAAUCAAAAUGAUAGAACAAAUUUAAAUAAUGAUGUAUUUAUAAACUUAGACAAUUCAGCAAAUACGCCACUAUCAAAUUCUGCAGCAUUGGGGACCAUUUCAAAUUCUUCAACAUUUGGGACAGUUUCAAAUUUCCAUUUAAAUAAUCUUCAAAAUAAUUCUAACUCAAUAAAUGCAGAUAUCCUUAUUAAUAAUGGAAUCAACCCUAAUCAUAUACCAAAUAUAAUAAAUAACGGAAAUAAACAUAAUCCGAAUUAUAUGACAAAGGGUUUGCGAAAUGGUAACAAUAAUAAUAAUAACAAUAAUAAUAAUCAUAAUCAUAAUCAUAAUCAUAAUCAUAAUCAUAAUAAUAAUAAUAAUCAUAAUAAUAAUCAUAAUAAUAAUAUAUUAAUAAGCGAUGUAGCGAAUAUAAAUUCUCAAAAAACAGGGAAACAUGUAAAUAAUUUUAUUAACAAUUUAACUAAUAAUAGCGGUUUUAAUUUAUAUAAUAAUAUAGAUAUGAGUAUAAAUAAAAAUGCAGAAAAUAAUAAUGGAAAUAUCGGAAAUGUCGGAAAUGUCGGAAAUAUUAAUAAAAUGUAUCCAAUGCAUACAAAUAUAAAUACCGAUUUAAAAAAUACAAUAAAUAAUUUAAAUGAUAAUAACAAAUCAAUGUCAAUAAAAUCAUCAAUAACAAAUUUUCCUCCCAUGCAUCAAACGCCAAAUAAUUAUGAUAUAAAAAAAUAUGUAUAUGCAUCAAAUAUAAAUAAAAAUAUGGAUGGGUAUUCUCCUAAAUUAUUAGAAUAUUCUUUAAAAAAUGAUAAUGUAAAAGGAAUAAAUUAUAAUAUAAAAGAUAGAUCUUUAACAGAUGAAAAUGUAAUAAAUGUUAUGAGAAGAAAUGGAAUGAAUGACCAUUUUGUAAAUAAAAAUAUGGUACAUAAUUUACCAAACAAUGGAAAUGAAAUUGAAAAUAUAACAAACUUACAAAUAAUAAAUAACAAUAUUCCAAUUAGUCGUUCUAGUGAUAUAAAUAAAUAUAAAAACGAAUUAUUAAAUAAUUUAAAUGAUUUCUCAAAUAGAAAUGAUGGUGACAGUUUAAUUCUAAAUCGUGAACAUCCAGAAAUGUUCGGUGACAGAAAUGGUAGAAAUUUUUACAACAUGAAUGCGAAUGCGAAUGUGAAUGUGAAUGUAAAUAUGGGUCCGAAUGUGGGUCCGAAUGUGAAUGCGAAUAUGAAUGCGAAUAUGGGUCCGAAUAUGGGUCCAAAUUGUGGAAAUAACAUUUCAGUCAAUGCCAUGCAAAGCAAUGUGGCGCUAAGUGGGAAUUAUGAUUUAUUGAAAAUUAUGAACAUGGCUAAUGAUGACAAUAAAAUAAACUCAAUAGAUGUAAAAAAUAAUUUAAGCAAUUUAAAAAAUAUGGAUAAUUUUCAAAAUAAAAUUCAAUUAAGACAAAAAACACAUGCAUGUUCAGAAAAUGGAGGUCUCAAUAACAGAGCAAGAAAUAAUAGUGCAGGCAUGAAUAAUCGAACUAAUUCCAAUUUAAGUGGAGUGUUAAAUAUCGGAAAUAUUAAUUAUAAUAAAUUUUAUGAUACAACACAACGAAAUCCAUGUAUCCAAACAAAUAAUAGUCGGCAAAAUCAUCCAAAUAUAAACCAUCCAAAUAUAAAUCAUCCAAAUAUAAACCAUCCAAAUAUAAAUGGGGCAUCUAUAAAUGGGGCAUCUAUAAAUGGGGCAUCCAUAAAUGGGGCAUCCAUAAAUGGAGCAUCCAUAAAUGAUACUUCGAUUAUGUAUCCAAAGGUAAAUCAUUUAAGUGGUAAUAUGAAUAGAAGCAAUUUAAAUGUUAAUGAAGUUGGAAAUAAUAAUAAAAUACAUUUAUUAAAUAAUAAUGUAGCUAAACAAACAAUUGACGGGUUAAUAUUAAUGCGAAAUAAAUGUGCAUCUAACGAUAUAAAAUAUUUUCAAAAUGAAUAUGAAAAUGGAAUGAAUAAAAUAGGGCAUGCUUCUAGUAAUGGUAAUAAUAAAAUAGGAAAAUAUGAAUUAAAUUUAAAAAAUAAAGGCACAUUAUCUCGAUCCAAUACUGCUGAAUUUCCUCCACUUUUUAAUAAAAAUGAAUAUUUAUAUCACACUCAAAAUAACAAUAAUAACAAAUAUCCUGACAUGUAUAAUCAUGUCGAAAAUCACAAAAAUCAAAUAAUUAGUCCAAACAAUAAUGGAUAUGUGAAAAAUGGAAUUAAUAAUAUAAACAAAAAUAAUUUAUUUAAGGUGGAAAAUGUAAAUAGGAUAAAUAAUAAUAAUAAUAAUAAUAUUGCCUAUAAAGGAAAUUAUACCAAUGUGAUCAAACACAAUGGAGGACCUAAUAUAGAUGCAGAAAUGAAUAGCAGUGCUAAGGAUUCUAGCAAUCUAGCCAACCCAGCCAAUCUAGCCAACCCAGCCAAUCUAGCCAAUCCGGCCAAUCUAGCCAAUUAUAAUGAUCUAAGAAAAAAUGGUUACCAAAUCCUUAGCGAUAAUAAUAGAGGAUUUAAUGAAAGUGAAAAAGGAAGCCCAUCAAAUUAUGUUUUUGAAAAUAAUGAAAGAAUUCGAAAUUGUAUAUAUGAUGUCGAAUCAGAUAAACUAGUAAAAAAUGAAAAUGAUAAAAAAAAUAAUAGAGUAUUAGAUUAUAUGAAUAAUAAUUUUAAUAAUGGUUAUAAUACAAUAAUUGAAAAUUAUAAUAGAAACAAUUUUGCUAAAUAUGAAUUUAAUAAAAUAAUGAAUAUAAUAUCAAAAGGAGAUUUAAACAAUUCUUUAAAUUUAAAAAAUCUAACUAAUAUUAAUAAAAACUUUAACAUUCUAAUGAAUAAUUUGGAUUCACAAAAUGGAGGAAAUUAUAUAAAUCAGGACCCUAAAGGAAAAUGUAAUAUUAAUUUUGGUGACAAUAAUAAUAAAGGUAGUUAUAAUAAUGGAAAUAAUAUUAUGGAAAUAAAUAUGCAUAACAAAAAUAACAAAAAAAAUAAUAUGAUAGUUGAAAAUAUAAAUUUAGAUGAUCUUGCUUUCAAGAUGCAAAUGCAAAAAAAUGGAUAUAUAAAUAAUGAUAAUAAUAUAUCUGGAAUUUCAGAUAUGGCAAAUUAUGCUAAUCAAGAUAAUUUGAUGUAUAUUGUAAAUCGCAAUAAUAACAUUUUAAUGAAAAAUGGAAAUAACGCAAAUGGAAAAGUAGGAUAUAUAAAUAAUACACCAUUAAAUAGUGAUGGAAUUAUAGGAUUAAAUAGUCAUAUAAAUUUUAACACAAUACAUAAUAAUAAUAAUAUGAAAAAUAACAUGAAAAAUAUUAAUAACAACAAUGUAGAUAAUUUAAUUAUUAACAAUAUCUCACAAGGAACGAAUAAUAAGGAUCAGUCAAAAUUUAACAUGAAUCCACAUUUUCAGGAAAUAAAAAAUGGAUACCAAAAAAUAGGAAAUAAAAGAAAACAAAUAGAAACUUCAAAAACAAUUGAUUUAUCAAAUAUUGAUGGAAAUCAAUUUUUAAAUAAUGGAAAAAAAAAUGUAAGAAAAAAAAAAAAAGAAAGUGUUAAUACAUCAUCUGGAUCAUCUGGUAAUGAUAUUUUAUUGUCAAACUCAAAAAAUAAAAUACUUGGAAAAAUUUCACAAAAUAUUACAAAAUUACCAAUUAAUAUGAAUAAUUCUGAAUUAGAUAAAAAUCAACCAUCACCUCACAUAUCCCUUGAUAAUAAUAAUAAUAAUAACUUACUAAAUUGUGGAACAGCAUCUAAACAAUUUAUUGAACAACAGUUAACAAAUUCAGAAGCAAAUCUAUUAAAUAAUAACAUAAAGGGAAAUAUGUAUAAUAGUGACAUAGGAAAAUCAGAAAAUAUGCAAAUAGUUGAUCAUAAUAAUAAUAAUAAUUAUAUAAUUCAUAAUAAUAAUUAUAAUAAUACUAUUGGAACUAUCAAUUACACAGCUCUCACAGGAAAUAAUGUUUCUAUGAAUGGAAAUUUGAAAAAUAACAAUAAUAAUAUAAUUUACAAAGAAAAUGGUUCUGGAAACAAUAAAAAUAAUGCAUCUAAUACAAAAGAUAUGAACAUAAUGAUGAUGGGUUCUGGUAACGAAUUUUAUCAUAAAAUAAAAACAUCUGAUAAUGAUGUAAAUACAUGGAAUAAUAAAAAUGGUGCUAUGGCCAGAAAAAAUGAUCAAUAUCAAUUUUCUUCAUAUUAUAAUAAUGUGAAAUUGAAUGAAGUUGAAAAUGGACAAAAGGUUUAUCAUCAAGAUGGGUCAUUUCCAAAUAUAAAAAUAUCAGAAAAUUCAGUAACAGAAUCAACUAUCUCAGAUUAUAAAAAUGAAGAAAAUGAUUUAAAAGAAAACCAAGCUCAAAAAUCAUUCGAAUGUAUAGAUAAGCAUAUAGCCAAUUAUGAAAAUUUAAUUACUAAUAUUUCUUUUAUUAAUGAUAAAGGAAAUAAAGAAAUAAAAAAAGAAAAUGAUAAAAUAUAUAAUGGAGCUAUGAAUUCUAUUCCUACUAACAUAAAUAUAGAAAAUUCAACAGAAAAAAAAAAUGCUAUUGAAUAUGGUUCUACAUCUAUUUGUAAAAAUAUAAAUGAAUUAUUUGAUAAUAAGCCAGAAAAUGAAAAAAUAAACACAAAAUCAAAUGCUGAUAUAAAUAUAUCCAACUUAUCAAAUAAUAUGUUACUCCAAAGUAAUAACAAAACUGAAACUGUAAUAAACAAUUUAACUAUUAAGGAAAACAAACAAAAUACAAAUUUAUUAAAUGUGCCACAACAUUCAAAUGAAGCAAAUAAGCCGGAGGAUAAUCUCAAUUGUGAAAAAAAAGAAGAUGAAAAAAAAGUUGAAAAAAAAGAAGUUGAAAAAAAAGAAGUUGAAGUUGAAGUUGAAAGGGGAGAUGAAAAAGGGUUUGAAAACGAAUUUGAAGAAAGCGAAUUCGAAGAUAAUAUUAACAAACACGCUUUUUUCAAAAAUAAAAAACAAUAUGAAACAUUUAUAAUGUUUAAUGAUAUAAAUGUUGGUAAGGAUAAUAUAAAUUUAUUCAUGUCAAUGAAUAUUUCAUCAUAUAAUAAAAGUUGUAGAAAACAGAAUGAAGCAUAUAACUUAUAUUUAAAAAAUGAAGAAGGAAAUAAAAUUGAAAAUGUAAAUACAUCAAAUAUACAAAAUGAUAAUCCUGUUAUAUUAUAUAAUUAUCUCACUUCUGAAAAAUGUGAUUUAAUUAAUGAUAAAAUAAAUGGACAAAUCUUAGAAAAAUUUAUUGGAAAAAAAAUAGAAUCCAACGAAAAUAUAAAUACAAGUGAAAAUGAAAUCAUAAAAAAUAAUAUGUUAAGAAGUUUAUUAAGUAUAAAUUCUAAGGAAGAAAUUAAAAAAAUCAUAGAAAAUAAAAUAUUUGGAAAAAAUAAUGAAAAUAAAAAAAUUGUUUUUAGUGUUGUUAAACAAAUUGAUGAUGCAAAAUUUUUGUAUAUAUUAAAAAUUAUAUUAAAAGAACAAAAUAUAAAUUGCAAUCAAAAUAAAAUAAAAGUUUUAAAAGUACAAAAAAAAAAAAUUCUUUAUAAAACAUUUUAUCAAAAAGAUAAUAAAUCAAAAGCUUUGACCCUUGAAUACUUUCUUAAACCAGAUCACAAUGCUAUAGGGGAAAUGAACUGCUUAGUGAGAUCUGAAGAAUGCUUACUUGAAAGUGAUCGAGAAAAGAGAAACAUUGAAAAAAUAAUAAAUGCAAAUUUUGAAAUAACAACAACAACUGUAUCUAUGGCUACUCCUACAAUUAUCAACUUAUUUAAGAAUGACUACAUGUUGCAAAACUCGUAUUAUUGCGAUAUCUGGUCUUUUUAUCUUUGCCUAAAUAACCAGUUUAAUGCUACUAUCGAAUUUCACCAAAAUAUGAAUAAAACCAAUGGAAAUAAAUUGUAUAAACUGAGCAUACGGGCACAUUGUGAAAAUUACGAGACAUUUUUUGAGAAUUUUAUAGAAUUUUUGGUUUAA